AUGACGUGGAGGCUCGGGACGGAUAAGAAGUCCGGCGCGGUGGAGAUGGAGCUCCUCGAAGCCGCGCGGGGGCCGGGGAAGUACGACCCGGACGACGGCGUCACGACGGCGGCGACGCGCGUGAAAUCCGUGCCGGACAUCGCGCGCGCGCCGCCGCGGUUUCCAAAGCCGCCGAAGACGACGACGACGACGACGACGGCCGCCGCCGCCGCCGCCGGCGCCGCGGACGACGACGACGACAUCCCCGAGGACAUCCGCGUCGUUUCCGAGGACGUCGACGUCGCCGCCGCGUUCGAAUACACGCGCCCGCGGACGGAUCUCGGCGGGAUCAUCACCCCCGUCCCCGCGGACCGGCCGCCGAGGGAACCCGAUCUCGCCGACGACGCGCUCUACGACGUGCAAAAAGGAUUGGAGUACCUUCGCACGGGCGCAAACGCGCGCGGUCCGGACCUAUCGAGAGGCGGAGAACGCGGAGCCGGCGGAGGAGGAGGACCGCGGCCGAGCGCGGCGGGCCCGGACGCGCCGGAUUUCUACGACGUCGACGAGAGCGCGACGGCGCGUCGCGCGCCGGGCGCGCCCGAGUUUUCGAAAGUCACCGGCCGCGGCGGCAUCGCCGGCGUCGGCGACGCCGCUUCAUCCGCAUCCGCGCCGCGCCGCGAGCGCGAAAUGGAGUUCGCGGACGGCGACGUGUUAUACCUCGAGCCCGCGGCCGCGGACGCGACGGUGUACCCGCGGAGGGACAAGUCCGUCCCGGACAUCUCCGCGACGGGCGCGCGACCGGAGACGCUUCGACCGAGCCUCACCGCCGACGUGGACUACCUCUACGACGACGUCCUCGCGGCGCGGUACCCGCGCCUGGACGGCGGCACCGGCGCGGUGCGGUUCGACGCCGGAGCGGGGAGGGAGGGCGGGCGGUCGACCGAUCCGACCGAUCGGACGACGACCGGGGACCUCGACGCGGGGGCGUAUCACGACGAGAGCGCCGCUGCCGACGCCGGCGCGAAGACGACGGCGCGGACCCGCGCGCCCGUCGCGGAUUUCGCCUCGGCGUCGCGGAAAGAGAUCGCGGACUUCGAGACGACCGGCGUCGCCGACCGCGGCGGCGACGCGCUCGUGUUGGACCCGAGAGACCCGUCCGCGCCGGGCGUGGCGGACGCCGCCGCGCGGAUGGCGGCGCUUCGCGUCGCGGACCCGGAGACGGCGGCGCGGCGCGAGUCGAUGCGCGCGUCGCGGCCGCGGUGGGACGGCGCCGGCGACGGCGCCGGCGGCUUCGACCCGGGCGGCGACGUCCUCGCGCUCGAGCCGUCGCCGCCGCCGCGGACGCGCGCGACGGACUUCGCGUCCGCGCCGGGACGCGGCGACGGCGACGUGAAGGAGGUGUUCGGCGCGAGAGGGUGGACGGAGGACCGCGCGGUGCACGGCUUGCGCGCGGAGCCCAAGCCGUUGGCGACGACGACGCUCGAUCGCGCGCCCGCGCGGGAUCCGUUUUUGGACGCGCCGCGCGGCGGGGAGGACGCCGACGGCGCGGACGCGGCGAAGCGCGCGGAGCGCGCCGCGAGGGCGGUGGCGAGGGCGCCGCGGCGGGGGGUCGGCGCGUCGAGGCCGGACGCCGACGACCCGGACAAGGUGGUCAUCGCGUGA